UGUUCAAAUAAGAACAGGUAAAAGUAGGUGUCAUAUAGUACGCAGAAAACAUCAUAUAAAAAAAUGACAGUUUUGGCGUUAAUUAAAUAGAUCUAUAGAAGGGAAAAGUAAUAAUGGAGUAUACGCAAAGUACACAAGCAAAUUCAGUUUCAACAGAAAACGGAACUUCAAGAACGUUUGUGUUUUCUAAACCAAAUGUACUUAACCCCCCCAAAGUUAUUAAUUCGGUGGUUAAUUCUAACCAAGUAUCGGAUAAUUUUAAACAAAAUAUAUUUACUUUUGCUAUGCCAGUGGCAGUAUCGCAACCAAGUAAUCAGGAUACAUCUUAUUUUCAAUCAAGCAUUGGUGAGAAACAAUAUAAACCUAGGAUAACAAGGAAUUCUUAUAAACCAGCAGUUAAUGUUUUUGCCCAAGCACUUAAAGAUACCGCAAUGUUCGAGCAAUUAAAGAAAAAUUCUAGAUCGCAAAAUACAAAAAUUAAUUCAGAAAAUUCAAUAACAUGUACAUAUGUACCUCACUCUUUACUUACAAAAACAUCAGCAAAACAACAUUUUACACAGUUUGGAAGUAUUUUAAAGAUAACAAUUCGUCCGAAAAAACAAAUAAUUACUGUGACUUAUACUACCAAAGAAGAAGCAAAUGUAGCUUAUAAUAAAUGUGGUGAAUAUUCAGGGGAAAAAUUCAAUAUAGAAUGGACAAAAUCAGCUACUACACCAAAACUUCCUACAAAGAAAAAAGAUCUCCAAAAGAACAUUGUAUCACAAAUGGUAUCUAAUUUUUUUAAAUCACCUGACGAUGAUGUUAAGUUUGAAUUAGAUGGUAUGAUGAAUCUGGAAUACAAUUUACAUAAUAGAGAUAAUAUUGAUGAAAGUUUGCGCAAAAAAAGUAAAACAUUACAGUCAAAAACUGUAUCAAAAUCAUCAAGAGCAGAAAAAAGUAUGAAGUCUGAUAAACAUAAAUCAGAUAGUCAGAUAUCAGAUCUGUUACCUAAUGCCACUAUAGAAGAAUUACAAAGUAUAAUUCAACAACCUGCAUAUACUUCUGAAGACAAAUAUAAAGUAUUAGAAGCCAGAGAUCGGUUAAUGCGAAUGAAACAAACUAAAUCACUUACAUUAGCAGCAGCAAGAGUAAUGAUUGGAACAUGCCCUGAUAUGUGUCCUGAGAAGGAACGUCUCAUGCGUGAAGCAAAAAGACAGGUGGCAUUAUAUGAACUACUUGAAAGCAGUGAAUAUAAAAUAAAUCAUUCCAGAGCAGUUAAACAAUAUUCUAGAUCUUCUGCAGAUCAGGAAGAACCAAUGGCACAUGAAUUAAGACCAGUGAAAUCUUUAAAAAUGACUAUGAGUUACUUACUUCAUGAGAUAGCAAAUCUUUGUGAUCAACAAGGAACAAAUUUAGGAGAAUGGUAUCAUUUUUUAUGGGAUAGAACAAGAGGAAUUCGUAAAGAUAUAACACAGCAAGAAUUGUGUUGUGUAGAUAGUGUUGAACUAGUAGAACAGUGUGCCAGGUUUCACAUAGUAUGCUCUGAAAGGCUUUGCGCCGAAGAAGCAUCAGUGUUUGACAAAAGAAUAAACUCUGAUAAUUUAACAAAAUGUUUGCAAUCACUGAAGUACAUGUAUCAUGAUUUAAGAGUAAAAGGAAUUAGUUGUAAAAAUGAACCCGAAUUUCGAGCUUAUAUUAUAUUAUUAAAUUUAAAUAAUGGCAACUUUAUGUGGGAUUUACAAAGAUUGCCAAAGUAUAUACAAAAAUCACCAGAAGUUCGGUUUGCAUUAGAAAUAUAUAUUGCUCUUGACUCAAGCAACUAUUAUAAAUUUUUUGAUUUGGUUAAAAAAACCACAUACUUAAAUGCCUGCAUUUUAUUAAGAUAUUUUAAUCAAGUAAGAUUAAAAGCAUUAGCAGUGCUGGUAAAAGCAUAUUGCAGAACUGCAUCAACAGAAUAUCCAUUGUAUGAAUUAAUUGAUAUUUUAGGUUUUGAAAAUGAAAAUGAAGCUAUUUAUUUUUGUGAGCAAGUAGGAUUAAACAUUUCAAAUGAUGGUUUAUAUGUACUACUAAAUAGACGCAAUUUUACUAUGCCUGUAUUAAAUAUAAAACAAGACAGAGCCUGCAAUUUAAUAGAAUCUAAAAGAACAUUACAACAAUUAUCUAUUGGAGAAUGUAUGGCAGGUGGAAAAAUGCCAGAAAAGUCUUACAGAUAUCAUAAACCGCAUAAUAGUUUUGAUUCACUUGGUUAUUUAAUGCCUGAGUCUAUUAAUGCAGAAGAUCAAGGUAAAAAUCUUACUUUAAUGACUGAUCCAUAUGAGUUUGAAGAUGAAGAUGCAGUAACAACCAAACAGUUGAUAUCAACUUCCAAAAAAGAUCAGAGUAAUAUUGAAAGCACGAGUACUGACUAUGCAAACAUAUUUCAAUCUCCUGCAAGCACUGAACCUGAUAAAAAUAUGUUUACAACUGUGCAAUCUGGCAAUGAUAUUUCUGUUUCUUCCAAACAUCAGGCACAAACUAAUAAGGUUCAAGCAAAACCUUCAAAACCAGAAAACCAAAAUGAAUUAAACAUAUUUAAUCUUAAAUCAAAGCAACAAGAUUUUCCAUUAAAUGAAAGCAAAGCUAAAGAAUCUUCAGUUUCACUUAAUACAUUUAAUACAACAUCAGCAGAUCUAAAAACUUCUAAGGUAUUUUCUAAGCAAUUUGUAUCAUUAGCAAAUAAUGAUACUUCUGCGUUUGCACAAGCUACAAAUAAAAGUAUAUUUUCGGGAACUACACAAGGAAACAUAUUUAUGAAAAAUCUUACACCCUCUACUAUACUUUCUAAUUCAUUCUCAAAUGUGCAAACUAUUCCAAAAUCAUCAUGUGAAACGAAUCUUAAAGUUGAUAUUACUAAAAAUACGUCAAAAGAUGUACAGAACUUCUUUGUUCCUGUGGUAAAAAUACAAGAAAAAACUUCACAGGAAAAAGAAGCUGAGAAGCUGAAAUUGAAAGAAGAGGAACGUAUUAAGAAAAUGCAACAGAUUAAUGAGACUGCUGAACUGGCUUUAAACAGUCUGCAGACUUUGGUUGUAAAUACAUAUUGUUCUGAUAUAGUAAAAGAAGAAAUGGAUAAAAUAAAUGUUUAUAGCACAUUAAGCGAAGAUAUUAGUAGUCAAGUUCAAAAUGAAAUUAUUCAUGAAAUGUGUGAUAGUAUAGUAAAAGAAGAGAUUAUUAAUACACAAAGAGUACAUGAAAUGUCUAUAAAAAUGAAAAACAGAGCAAUUAUAAAAUACUUUAAUAUAUGGAAAUCUAAUGCAUUGAAGAAAAAACAACAACGAAGGGCACUGGAGGAUACACCAGUAUGGUUACAAAAAUAUUCGAGCCAGCAAUGUGCAAAGUUAUUAUACUCCAAAGAACAAGAUUUAGUUAUUCAAAGUAUGUGCAAAAAAGAGGAUAAAGCGAAGAAAACUGUUAAAUCGUAUUCUGAAUCUCUAGCAUCAAUUGAAACUAUAAUUUAUAGUGGUAUUAAAGAAAAUUUGAAAUCUUGUGAUAUUAAUGUGCACUCCAAUUAUUAUUGGAAACUAGUUAUAUCUUGGCCAGAUUUACAUAAUAAACCAAUUCUAUGGCAUCACAAAAAUAUAAUGAACCAGUACAUUAAUCCUAGUGAUUAUACCAUAGAUCCUAUUAUAAAACUUUAUCACCCACAAUCAAAUCAAAUUGAGACUUUACAUAUUUGUAUCAGACACUUUGAAGGUCUAAUUAGUGACUAUAAUUUAAUAGGAUCAGAUGCUCUUUUGUUUAUUGCAGCAGCUUCUGAGGAUGUUAAAUUUGUUAUAAGACGUUUAACUAAGACUGUACUAUCCAGAGAUAGGCUUAUGCCUAUACCUCUUGUAUUUGCUGUUUUAGGUGAUUCAAACUUUGAAUCUCAAAAUACGGAAGUUAUUUUUAAUUUAGAAAAGUUAUUAAAAUCAGGAUAUUUAUCAGUGUACACAAUUAUACAUGAAAAGGAUUUAACUGAAGAAACAAUCUUAAAUUUAACAAGCAGUGCAAUGCUUUGGUUAUCUAUAAACAAAUCACCACGAAAUCCAUUAGAAAUGGAUUACUUACAAAACAUUUAUGAUACUUGUUUAACAGAAGAAUUAUGGUUGAGGAUAUUUGAUGAUACAUUUUUAAAUAAAAAAUUAUCACGCGCUUUAACAGAACCCAACUUCAUAAUUGAUUUACAUAAUGAAGCAGUCACUCAUAUAACGGACAUAUCAUUGGAUCCAGAAUCUUUCAUGUAUACAAAAUUUGCCCCAGAGUUCAAGAAGUUUAUAAAAAAUCAAUACACAGUGCCAUGCAGUUAUGAAUACUUUGACGAUACUUGGAAAAGUGAAGAGUAUAAAGCAGAAUUAGAAAAAGUGAUGUCUAGUUUUAAAUUACCUCAAUGGAAAUAUGGAUGGCCCAUAAAUGACAGUAAUAUACUUUGUCAAAACAUAAUAAGUUACUGUCAAGAAGCACUGUGUAGUAAUGAACUAUCCUUGGACGUAUUAAAUAAUUUACUAUUUACAUCUGGAAUGUCAGUGAUGAUAAAUUUCAUCGAUAUUUUGUUGUGUAUAAUUAAGAAAAAAGUAUAUCUGCUCGAGAAAGAUUUUAAAAUAGUGUAUAAUAAGAAUUACAUGAAGCGUUUCCGAACCUUACCGUGGUGGUUGAAGUCUAAGCUGUUAAUUGAAUAUAAGUUUGCAUUAGCAGAACUUAGCGUAGAAAAUAAUGAACGGAAAAAUACUAAGAAAGAAAAAGAUUCAGAUGAGCCUAUAGUAAAAAAAAGGAAGCUGUAUAAAAAUGAUACAGAAUGUGAACCAUUAGCAACAUUUUGUGAAGAUAGUCGAAGUCAAAUAAUGGAAGUACAUUGCACUUCGAAAAAAAUAGAAAAUCGUUUAAAAACACAUCAGCAACAAAGCCUUUUAUUUGAAGAAAGGUUGAAAAAUGCUUUGUUAAGUGAAAAUCAACCUAUUUAAUAUUGUGCAAAUAUAACGUCUAGUUUCCCUUGUUUAUAGUGUUACAGUGCCUCAAAAACUAUUGUAUUUUGCAAUAUUAGUAUUUGUUAAAAAGUAAGACAUAUUACGUGUGAUACGUAAUCAUUUAUAAUAUAAGAAUGUGAAGUACAAUGUUUACAAAAUAUCCAUG